GUUCUAGCUGGAGUGGAUCCCCUUGGAUCUUGAAUCUUGAAGCUACAGUGUUUUCAUCUUCAGACAUCGUGAAAAACAGCCUUUCCCCAGGAAAGAUGUGGAUUCUGUCCGUGAGUCGCAGUUGCACUAGCUUCACACAAUGGCAAGCAAUACUUACACGAGUAACUAUGUUAUUAUAGCUCACAUAGCCUGUUCAAGUUGAGUACAUUGCCUCAUCUUGUACAUUUUUUAUUGGUAAGCGCUCCUUGCCAGUCAACAACAUGCAUAUUUGAUAUGUUCUCUCAUCAUCAUAUUUCAUAUGUGCUGUACGUCGUGCAUCAACAUUUGCUACAGCAUACUAGUGGUCUACUAGUGGUCUCUCCAAUUAACAACGCCUCUUGCCAGGCAUAUCAAUCAAUCAAUCGUAAGUAGUAUUAAGACUAUCUAAGUAUGUAAAAGUCAGUAGUAUGAAGAGGACUUAUUGUGUACUAAAAGUCCGACGACCGUGCUCCUUCUGCGUCUAGUACACUAGACCUUGUUCCAUCUAGCACUUUUCCACGCUGUUCUAGCCCUUUGUCCGCCUAGAACAGCAUGGCAAAGUGCUUCCUACUAGCAUUAUCGUCAAGCGCCGCUGGUCUCAUACAAAUAGGCCUUCAGCACGAGCACUUUGUUUGCGUUUGUUGAGGGUGUAUUUUCAGAAUGAUUAUGAGGCACACGGACAUGAAUGCAGACGAUGAGGUACUUAGGAGUAAUGGAGACAGUGUCAGAGCAGGUAUACGUAGAUGCUAUUCACCACACAACUGCUCACAGCCUCAAUUUCAGAGAAUGUAGCAGAACUCCGAAUAAGAACUAGCGAGCAGCACUGGGUUGGUAAAUCUCCGCAUGCUAUGUGGUUUUCAACGACAAUCUAACUUCAUGUCCGUGAUUUUAUGAGUGAGUGGCAUAAGUGGUGAGUCACAGAUAGAUUUUGAAAGAGCUACGAAUAACGUCGAGUGAUCCGUCUUCUGACUGAGUUGUAUCUCGUUGUCAGUUCAAUAAUUGAUAUGAUGUGUUCCCAUAGGCAUAGAUACUUCGUACUUGUAUUCAUCUUCUUUGCUCUGUCCUCGUCGUGUGUUUGUGUCUUACUUUGUGUAAGAAUUUAUGCUGGCCGCUCCUUACUAGGGAGGACUCAUGCAGCUACUCUAGACUAAUCAUGCUAUUCUUCUUCCAGGUAAUAUUAUUCCAAAGACCUGCUCCACGUAUGUUGACAACUACAUAAAACUCAUAGAUGUAAAUAGUCGUUCCGUUGCGCUGUUGCGUUAUCAUAGGUUUAGGAUGUUCAUUGCAUGUCUUAUUAACCGACCUGGGUAUCUCAUUUUGUAUGACAACCGUCCAUUUCAUCUAAGAUUUAAAUGUUCUGUACAACUACAUUGCAAGCACAACAUGAACAUUGGCCGUGAAUGAAGUCUUGCACUAGUGGCUCUGCUACGGUGCUACCUAGGGAAGCACCCAAGCUGGUGGCCUACCUCUGCCUAUCUACUUGGCUACACAAAGAACGCCUUUACCAAUAUCUAAGUACGAAAACGUUCCGUCGUGCUUUCUCAGUGCGCGCGUGUGUUGUACUCUCUCAGUACGACGACCCUGGCCCUCUUCAUGACGCAAGUUCUUGUGUUGGAGUUGUACACCUAACUAAUCACAACAGUUCUCAGCAUUAUUGCUAAUUAUUUGAAUGUAAGGCGUGGGAAGGGGGGAGAACUUUUAGGGAGAAAGAAGGAAAGCUUGAUCCGAUCAUUACAAAAGCAUUGUCGCGUAGUCUUCGAUAUUCUUGUUGUACGGCUGUUACUAGAAGUGCUGCAUUCCGUCCUAUCCUAACCUGGUGCCGCGUAAAAAAUCGCGUCGUGUCUGUACUACGGGUCUCAUAAAUACGUGAGUACAUGAAUACAACCAGAUCUACCAAUCCAAGGGAGAAGGUACGAAAAUGAUCUGAGUACAACACCGUUAGCACAAGAGUCUAGCGGUACACCGACUCGGGUUCUGGUCUGAGAAGUACAACGAAGGUGCAUGUUAAUACAAGUGUGGUCUAGAAGCGGUACACCGACUAGGGCACAACAAGAGUAGACUGGGCCUUCUAAAAUUUACGGCUUCAGUACAACUGUCCAUGUCGGAAGACUUGAAUCCAAAGAGUGCAGGUCGUAAGACUUGAGUCCGAUAGGUUGUAAAAAGCUUGUACAGGAUGCUAGGCUCCAAGACUAAAAAAUCAAAACUUGUACACUUCUAGUUUUAAUAUUGCUGCUGGUGCGUGGCGACGUGGGAAGACAUCAUAGCGUUUAACUUUACUCCUCUGCGUAAUAUGCACUAGGUUUAAUGAGAUCAAAAUAUCAAUGUUAUGCACCUCGUGAAGGUGAAGUGCAAAGGGCGAAAAAACGAGGACUAGAAAAAGACGAGGACAACUUGCUAAUUAAUUUCUUCGGUACCCCAUGAUUGGGUACGCUACCACUACUGCUUAUGUCCAUUCAAGGUGCAGCUUCUUUCUGUCCAAGAACAUGAACAAUGUCUUCUAUCCAAAAACAAUCUUAUGUUCAUGAUGCAGAAAACACUACAGCAUUUUUUAUUUUUUCGUCUUUGUCAACGAACAGAGACAGACAACAACAAACAGAAAACAAGGAACAGACAAACAAUAAGCAGUUCAGGAGACGCUCUCUCUGGUCAAGAU